AUGCAUAUCCCAACAGAGAUCCAGCUUGAAAUAAUGCAAGCUGUGGUAGGCACCCUCCCAAUUCAUAAUGUAGUCAACCUAAGACUUGUCAACAGUAUAUUCGACUCCGAGAUAAUGACCCGACUUAUCCACAGCCCGCGUCUGGAAAGUGACGGCUUUGGAUUCCGACAGCGUCUUCGAGGUUACUACGGCCAUCUCCCCGGCGAACCCAGCCUCUGGUGGUUCAAGUUCCCGCACCGGUGUUAA